AUGGAUACCAAUAUGCUUGAAUCAGAGUUUCAACAUUUCACGAUGAGUCGGCAAAAUACCCGAUAUCACUGUCCCUGGGAGCAGAUGAUUAUUGUCGGCGUUGCGGGCAGCUCGGGCUCUGGAAAGUCCUCAGUGUCUCACGAGAUUAUCAACUUGCUUGAUCUUCCAGGAGCGUCUAUUUUGGUUAUGGACUCGUUCUAUAAAACGCUUACGCCCGAGCAAAACGCUAUUGCACAUGCAGACGAAUAUGACUUUGAUUCCCCUCUCGCAAUUGACUUUGACGUCCUAGUUGAGCUGCUACGUGAUUUGAAGAAAGGGUACCCAUCUAUCGGUUUGAGCCUCAAAGUCGAAAUACCCAAAUAUUCGUUCAAGAAACAUCAGCGUGAAACCGAAACGACAACAAUGCACCCCCCGCGAGUCUUAAUUUUAGAAGGGAUACUGGCCUUUACCGAUCCACGAAUAUUGGAACUGUUGGACCUAAAGAUUUUCGUCGAAGCUGAUAUGGAUGUCUGCCUGGGGCGGAGAAUCGCGCGAGACGUUCGUGAGAGAGGAAGAACUAUCGACAGUAUAUUAAAACAAUGGUUUAAAUUUGUGAAACCAUCUUACACCAGAUACGUGGAACCUCAACGGAUUAUUUCAGAUAUUAUAAUUCCUCGUGGAAUUGAAAACAAGAUAGCGAUCGACCUUGUCGUGAAGCAUAUCCAGCGAAGCCUUGUGAAGCAGGCUAAUUACUACAAUAUACGUGAUAGGAGACCGUCUAUUAACCGCCGUCUAUCCUUCUAA